UGAAGAGGGGGAGGCGCAGCUUCAGUGGCCACAGGGCAUGCGAACAGAGUGCCAAGUCGGAGAGUGCGGGCUGAGAGCAGGAGGAGAGAAGACCUGCUUGGACGCCUUGUCCACUCAACCUGCCUUCCCGUCCACCCGUCUCUCUGCUUGGGCAUCGUCCUCGGCUUGACCAUGGGGCGUGGGCGUGGAGAGGACGAACCGCCCAACAAGGUCGAGGAGAAGCCCAAUAUGUUCUGCUGGAAGCGAAAGAGCAACAUGGAAGAGCUGAAGAAAGAGGUGUCCUUGGACGAUCACAAGCUGUCGAUGGACGAGUUGCACCACAAGUACGGGACCAAUCUGCUUCGGGGCCUGACGAACGUGCGAGCCGCGGAGAUCUUCGCUCGAGACGGCCCCAACGCCCUGACCCCUCCCCCGACCACCCCAGAGUGGGUCAAGUUCUGCAAGCAGCUGUUUGGGGGCUUCUCGCUGCUGCUGUGGGUGGGAGCCAUCCUGUGCUUCCUGGCCUACGGCAUCCAGGCCGUCACUGAAGACGAGCCCUCCAACGACAACCUGUACCUGGGGGUGGUGCUCUCGGCCGUGGUGAUCAUCACCGCCUGCUUCUCCUACUACCAGGAGAGCAAGAGCUCUCGCAUCAUGGACUCCUUCAAGAACAUGGUCCCACAGCAAGCGCUGGUGAUCCGCGAGGGCGAGAAGGUGCAGCUGAAUGUGGAGCAGGUGGUGCUGGGAGACCUGGUGGAGAUCAAGAGCGGAGACCGCAUCCCCGCCGACCUGCGCGUUGUGUCGUCCCACAGCUGCAAGGUCGACAACUCCUCGCUGACUGGCGUGUCGGAGCCUCAGAGUCGCUCGCCCAACUUCACGCACGACAACCCGCUGGAGACUCGCAACAUCGCCUUCUUCUCCACGGACUGCGUCGAGGGCACUGCUCGUGGGAUCGUCAUCAACACCGGUGACCGCACGGUCAUGGGCCGUAUCGCCACGCUGGCCUCCGGGCUCGAGGGCGGCCGCACUCCCAUCAACAUCGAGAUCGAGCACUUCAUGCACAUCAUCAUGGGCGUGGCCGUCUUCCUCGGCGUCUCCUUCUUCAUCCUGUCGCUCAUCCUCGGAUACAGCUGGCUGGAGGCCGUCAUCUUCCUCAUCGGCAUCAUCGUGGCCAACGUGCCCGAGGGUCUGCUGGCCACCGUCACCGUCUGCCUGACGCUGACGGCCAAGCGCAUGGCCAAGAAGAACUGCCUGGUGAAGAACCUGGAGGCCGUGGAGACGCUGGGCUCCACCUCCACCAUCUGCUCCGACAAGACGGGCACCCUCACGCAGAACCGCAUGACGGUGGCGCACAUGUGGUUCGACAACCAGAUCCACGAGGCGGACACCACGGAGGACCAGUCCGGCACGGCGUUCGACAGGAGCUCCCCGACGUGGAGCGCCCUGGCGCGCGUGGCGGCGCUGUGCAACCGCGCCGUCUUCCAGGCAGGCCAGGAGAGCAGGGCCGUGCUCAAGCGCAACGUGGUUGGCGACGCGUCCGAGUCGGCGCUGCUGCGAUGCGUGGAACUGUGCGUAGGAAACGUGCGCGACAUGCGCAGCAGGAACCAGAAAGUGGCCGAGAUUCCCUUCGACUCCACCAUCAAGUACCAGCUGUCCAUCCACGAGUCGGAUGAACCAAACGACCCGCGCUACCUGCUGGUCAUGAAGGGUGCCCCGGAGCGCAUCCUCGACCGCUGCUCCUCCAUCAUCAUCGAGGGUCGGGAGGAAUCUCUGGACGAGGAGCUGGAGGAGGCCUUCCAGAACGCCUACCUGGAGCUGGGCGGGCUGGGCGAGCGCGUGCUGGGGCUGUGCCAACUCCGCCUCCCGGUCGACCAGUUCCCCAGGGGGUACGCUUUCGACACAGAGAACAUCAACUUCCCCAUGGAGGACAUGUGCUUGGUUGGCCUCAUGUCCAUGAUCGAUCCUCCUCGUGCCACCGUGCCCGACGCCGUGGGCAAGUGUCGCUCGGCUGGAAUCAAGGUCAUUAUGGCAACAGGAGACCAUCCCAUCACCGCCAAGGCCAUCGCCAAGAGCGUUGGCAUCAUCUCCGAGGGCAACGAGACGGUAGAGGACAUUGCAGUGCGACUCAACAUCCCCGUAAACCAGGUGGACCCAAGAGACGCGAAGGCGUGCGUGGUGCAUGGCUCGGACCUCAAGAACAUGACGGAGACUCAGCUGGACGACAUCCUGAAGAACCACACGGAGAUCGUGUUCGCUCGCACCUCCCCCCAGCAGAAGCUCAUCAUCGUGGAGGGCUGCCAGAGACAGGGUGCGAUUGUGGCUGUGACGGGAGACGGUGUGAACGACUCCCUGGCGCUCAAGAAGGCCGACAUCGGCAUCGCCAUGGGUAUAGCGGGCUCUGAUGUGUCCAAGCAGGCGGCCGACAUGAUCCUGCUCGAUGACAACUUUGCCUCCAUCGUCACCGGCGUGGAAGAGGGACGACUGAUCUUCGACAACCUCAAGAAGUCGAUCGCGUACACGCUGACAAGUAACAUCCCCGAGAUCACGCCCUUCCUCUUCUUCAUCCUGUGCAACAUCCCCCUCCCGCUGGGCACCGUCACAAUCCUGUGCAUCGACCUGGGCACCGACAUGGUGCCCGCCAUCUCCCUGGCGUACGAGGCGGCGGAGAGCGACAUCAUGAAGCGGCAGCCGAGGAACGUGCGCGUCGACAAACUCGUGAACGAGCGGCUGAUCAGCAUCGCCUACGGGCAGAUCGGCAUGAUCCAGGCCCUGGGAGGAUUCUUCACCUACUUUGUGAUCAUGGCCGAGAACGGGUUCCUACCGUCCAAACUCAUGGGGCUCCGCAUCGAAUGGAACACGAGGUCACAGAACGAGCUGGAGGACAGCUACGGCCAGGAGUGGACGUACGAGCAGCGCAAGAUCGUGGAGUACACCUGCCACACCUCGUUCUUCGUGAGCAUCGUCGUGGUGCAGUGGGCCGAUCUCAUCAUCUGCAAGACGAGACGCAACUCCGUGUUCCAGCAGGGCAUGAAGAACAAGGUGCUGAUAUUUGGGCUGUUUGAGGAGACCGCCCUGGCCGCCUUCCUCUCCUACUGCCCGGGCAUGGACGUGGCCCUGCGCAUGUACCCGCUCAAGUUGAGCUGGUGGUUCUGCGCCUUCCCCUACAGCAUCCUCAUCUUCGUGUACGACGAAGUGCGCAAGCUCAUCAUCCGGCGCAACCCCGGGGGCUGGGUAGAGAAGGAAACCUACUACUAGGAGCCGCUCUCCUUCUGUUGGCUACAAUUGUCAAUUGCCCAGCUGUUCGCGUCGUAAUAAACGCGGAUUAAUCGCAGCAGAACACCUUUAGACGUUUAACCACUUAAACCGCUGUUUGUGGAAUUCAAACGGAAUAUUGCGGACAUGAAAUCAAUUUAUUUAACGAGCUUCGAGGAAUUAUUUACUCAACCGGAAUUCCAGUUUUUCAUCUGCCGAUUGGCACAGCCCUCGUCUUCAAGAGGCAUCGCGGCGGAGCGGAAGCAGAACGACGUGGAUGGCACCCUGCGCUCGUGCGGGGGACGAGGCAGCAGCUGCACGCGACACCAACCCCCCUUCCCCACCAACCCGCCUCGUCACAACGCCACUCUCGGCGGCGGCCCAGCUCUCAAGAGCGCAGGAGGUGCAACUGCGCCAGCGCCUAUGGGACAAAGGAAGCCUCGGUGCUGGG